AUUGAGGGAUCGUAUAUACAUAAAUGUGUCAUGUUGACUGGAAUUUCCGCUGACUGUUUCACAACGGUGAUACGAAAAUUGGGAUCUGUCCAGAUACCCGCCAGCAGGACUGGGAUACAAAUUUGACGGAGAUCGUUCACUCUACAGGUGUAUUGCAGGAACUAUGGGAAAGUGUGCCGUCAUUCUUGCAUAUCUUACGGUAUUAGUCGUUGUAUGUGAAGGGACAGGUAACCACGCCCCCUCGUUCAAGUUCGACUUCUACAAGCCUACAGUCCUGGAGACCUUUACCCCCGGGGGUCGGCUAGAGCAGCCCACAGCGAUCGACCCCGACGGUGACCCAUUGCUGUACAGCAUCACAAGCGGUAACACCAACAACCAGUUCACCAUAGACAGCACAACAGGCGUCAUCAUAAACACCAAACCGCUGGACCGAGAGACAGUCCCCAGCUACACCCUGUACCUGGCGGCGGUAGACGUCACGUCACAUCAGACAGCGACAGCCAAGAUGGUUGUCGUAGUAUCUGACGUCAAUGACAAUGGCCCACAUUGCUCCACUCCCCAGCACGCGUCUGUAUGUGAGGUAGCACCCCCAGGACAAGUGGUCAUAUCACUGGGUUGUAGAGACGAAGAUACAGGGCCCAACGCUGAGUCGACGUAUGCGAUCCAGCAUCCAGGUUACCUUCCCUUCAACGUGUCACAAUACGGCAACAUCCUGGUUGCCUCACCCUUAGCCUUCAGAGACGACAAGAAAACCGCCGGCUUUAACACCUUCAGCUUCCCCGUAGGGGUCAGGAACGUCGCCUACCCCCAUCACGAAACGGUGGUCAGGGUCCGGAUAGACAUCCAUCAGUCAGCUUGCCUCACCGGAUGGCAGUUUGAGCGUUCCCCGGAACGGUAUCUGUCCGUCAACGUUGUUAACGCUGUCACUGCAUCAUCGGUAACGUUCUGCACGCAGCAGUGCCUGGAUGGAACUAGGUUCAGAUGCAACUCCGUCAACUGGGACGUCGUGAGAGGACGCUGUGAGAUGGUGACGGAGACGGCGUACACGAGACCAGGGAGAUGGAUGGACAGACCGGGCACUGUCCUGCUCAGAAAACAUUGUGUGGCGGAGCCGGAACCUUCGCCAUACUUGAAACUCUUUCUCUCCAAGCUCCCCGGGGUCAGUGGGCUGGUCCCCUACAAAGAGACCUACCCCCUGCUGGAGAUGCUGCGUCUGUACACGGAGUGCCCUGACGACCAGACGCACGUGGACGUGUGGUGGGUGACAGAAGGGCUGCUGACGCUGGUGGACAGAACCAACUUCACUGAGAUGGCUGAUAAUGCUACGGAGGCAGUAGUCCAGUCGAUGGUCGACACUGUGUCCAACCUGCUACAGGAUAUGUUCGUGGGACACUGGGCGACGCUCCACGAGAAAGGUCACGAGUCUUCUAAGAUUCUGCGAACCAUGGAGACGUUGACAACAACAUUGGCAGCGACGUUGACAACGAACUUUACAGUGACUGCUGAAAGCCUGGUGGUCAGGGCGCUCCACGAAGACGCAGAUCAACUUCAGGACCAGCUACUGGAUAUCACUCCAGGAGACGGGACCCUUAGUACAGUCUACUUACCCGCUGAUGUCCUGGCUACAGGGUCGGAUUCUGUAAAUUUGGUGGUCAGUGUAUACGACAACGUGGACAGAAUCACCAACGUCACGGCUGCAGUUCGGCAUCGCAACUCCACGGAGCCCCAUGGCAGAGACUCAAGAGUUGUUGGAGACGUGAUAUCGGUAGUCGUUCGCCCUCCAGUAGCCGGCAACAUCUCCAGGCCUGUCGUCCUGGAGAUUGAAUCCACCCUUCCAGAUUCGACCGUCAGGGUAAUUUCAAGGGCAUGUGUGUUUCUGGAUGACCUGGGAGGACGUGAUGUGUGGCGGCCAGACGGUUGCACGACGACGUCUCACAAUGUCACCCACACCAGAUGCGAGUGUCACCACCUCACUAACUUCGCCGUCCUCAUGCAGAUCUAUCACGUCCAGUCGGUGUGUCGGGUGAUCGCCUGCCUCCUGCACUACUUCUACCUCACCGUCUUCUCCCUCAUGCUGGCGGAGGGACUGCAGCUCUACAUGAAGCUCUACCUCGCCUUCAAGAAGGACAUUAAGAUCACAGUGUGUCUGGUGUUGGGAUGGAGUCUCCCGUUGUUGUUGGUGGGGCUAGCAGUGGGUGUUGACCCGGAUGGUUAUGGAACUUCUUACAGCUGUUGGCUGUCGACAUCAAGGGGAACUAUAUGGGGAUUCGUGGGCCCAGCUCUUGCAACUGGUUUGAUCAACUUGUUGGUCCUGGUGCUGGUCAUCAAAACAUUUCUUAGUCUCAAAGUCAACGCUCGGAAGACUGACAGGCAGAAAUUUCUGUCUAGCCUGAAGGCAGCCUCUGUGUUGUUGCCUCUGUUAGGCAUCACCUGGACCUUCGGCGCCCUGGCCAUCAACUCCAACACCGUGGCCUUCCAGUACGUCUUCGCUCUCCUCAACUCUUCCCAGGGCCUGUUUAUCUUCCUGUUCCAUGUGGUGUUUAACGACGAGGUGCGGACAGCCUACUGGAAGCGGCGGGGACGGAUCCUGACUGUCCACUCUGUCAGCCACUCCCACUCCACCGCCCUCUCUAGCACCUGUCAGAACAGGCGGAAGGCUUUCGGCUUGAUGACAUCUACGCACAUGUGAGAUCACAGUCAUACCAAGCAUAUGCAGACGGCAGCGCUCCCUCCCACUACACAAGUUUGGUGUUGACAUUAAGUCUUGCUCAACCACAGCAACACAUUGUUUUGGACUGUUUGUGCUGGACAGGGAUGGAAGAGGUUGAGGAUGACAACACUAUCUAUCUGUAAUACCUUGUAGAAUUGCAUGUGUGACUGAGACAGCUAGCUGUAACAUUGCUUCGGACAGUCAUUGAAUAUUCAUUACUGUAACCUGGUCAGGUUAAUGUUAGAGGAAAGCAGAUCUUGGAGAUUUGCUUCAGUGAAACCAAGUUCAGUAAUGGUCCUCCCAAACUAAGGAUAGCCAGGAUGGCACAAGACUCAACUCAUGGCCAGCAGAUCCUGGCAAGGCAAGGGCUGCAACUCUGUACAAAUAUGCAGAAACUUAGACUACAGGGUUACCACAAUAAAAAGUAUCUGAAGAAAUAUGUAUCAUGAUUGCGGUUGUGGUGACUGACACUAAACAGGAGGUCAGGUGUGUUUUUUUAUUAGGGUUGUAUCCAAUGCCAUAGCUGUGUCCAGUACAAGAUUUUCACUAAUCAUUUAUCUAGCAUGUUGUAUUCUAUGUGAAUAAUUUAUUUGUAUUUUGGUUAGAUCUAGAAUAACUAAAAUUUAUGUAUUAUUCACCAUUUCAGCUGUGAUAAAAGCUUGUUUUGUUUCUAUUUCGCCAAACUGUAAAAUAGAGUGCUAAAAUAACCUCUCUUUUUUCUAAUUUGAUUUUGGGGUGUAUCAGUCUUGUAAACCAACUAAAAACAUAUAUAAGGCCUGGUUGACCAUGUCUCCAGUAUCAGGAAUUGCAUCCACUUCUGUUUUGCGACUUUGAAACAUGCAUGUGCAACAAUAAAACAUCAUACAAGACUCUGAGACAGUAUGAAGAAUUUUAUUUACAUACUUGUUUGAUCACAGAAAUCAACAGAAGUCCAUGUCUGCCAGCAUGACCUUGACCUUGCCAUCUUGAUCUCCUAGCCAUGCUAUAUCAUACACAAGGUCAUUCAACUACUGGAAGCUUUCAUUCCCAUUUUAUGCACAUUUGUCACACUAACCAUCUACUUUCAGAACAAGCUGUCCCAUUUUUUCUUGAGUCAAAUUUUGAAAAUGUGUGUAAUCUACACAAUCCAUAUCAAAUUCAUUUGAGAUUGGUGGGGAUUUCGGUGAGAAAAUCUUGUGUAUCAUAACUUGUGUCAGACAAGAUGUUGGCCUGUUCCACAAACAAUGUUGGCCCGACAACUAUUAUAGUAUAUGUUUCAGUGUGGGAGUUAUGGCCGUAUUACCUACAUGAUCGUCCUAGCGCAAGGACUGCAACAUGAAAUUUGGCCCACAUUUAUAAAAGAUGUUCUUGAAUAUUAUUAUCAGGGAAUUAAUCAGACAUAAAUGUUAUUGUUUGUUUCAAUGUUUGUAAGAAAUAUAAAAACAUGACAAAUAUGCACAAUAAAAUGUGAAAACGACAACCUAAUUAAUAACUUAAAGCAGCGUUAAGGUACAGCAAUCACAUCAACACCCAAGAUUUCAUAGAUAUGGGAAUAAAUUUUCAAAUUGUGUAUAAUCUACCUCAGCACUCAGGCAAAAUACCACACACCAUUGCAGCAAUUUUUCAGCCAUUCACAGAAAGACAUUUUUUGACAAUACAGAUACCAAACACAAAAAUCGAAGUGAUUGUUACUUGUAGUGUGUAGGUCUUAACAUAAGCUGGCGAUUCCAUACA